GGAAGCGGCGGCCGUAGACAGUACCGGCUCACGGAGGGGCGGCGGCGAGCGCCUUGGGGGUUGUGAACCCCGCGAUGGAUCCGGACGAGACGGUCGCGCCGCCGAGGUCGUCGCUGCUGCCGCGGCUGCUGCUAGUGUCGCUGCUGUGGUCCGGGCUGGCUCUGGGCGCGCUUCCCAGGGGCGGCAGCCCCCAAAGGGUCCUCUACGACCUCCUGUCGGAGCAGCAGUUGCUGGAGGCGGAGGACUUGUCCCUGACCCUGCUGCAGGGCGGGAGGCUGGGGCCUCUGUCCCUACCCCCGGGCCUGCCGGAUCUAGAUCCCGAGUGCCGGGAGCUGCUGCUGGACUUCGCCAACAGCAGCGCAGAGCUGACCGGGUGCAUAGUGCGCGGCGCCCGGCCGGUGCGCCUCUGUCAGACCUGCUUCCCCCUCUUCCAACAGGUCGCCAGCAAGAUGGACAACAUCAGCCGAGCCGUGGGGAAUACUUCAGAGAGUCAUAGUUGUGCCAGAAGUCUGUUAAUGUCAGAUAGAAUGCAGAUAGUGCUGAUUCUGUCUGAGUUUUUUAAUUCCACGUGGCAGAAGGCAAAUUGUGCAAAUUGUUUAACGAACAAAAGUGAAGAAUUAUCAAAUAGCACGGUAUACUUCCUCGAUUUAUUUAACCACACCUUGACCUGCUUUGAGCAUAACCUUCAGGGGAGCACAUACAGUCUUCUCCAGUUAAGAAAUUAUUCAGAAGUUUGCAAAAACUGUCGCGAAGCCUACAAAAAUCUCAGUAGUCUGUACAGUGAAAUGCAAAAAAUGAAUGAACUUGAGAAUAAAGCUGAGCCUGGAAGACACUUAUGCAUUGAUGUGGAGGAUGCAAUGAACAUUACUCGAAAACUGUGGAGUAGAACUUUCAACUGCUCGGUCCCCUGCAGUGACACCGUGCCUGUAAUUGCUGUUUCUGUGUUCAUUCUCUUUCUGCCUGUUGUCUUCUACCUUAGUAGCUUUCUUCACUCGGAGCAAAAGAAACGCAAACUCAUUCUGCCUAAACGUCUCAAGUCCAGUGCCAGCUUUGCAAACGUGCAAGAAAAUUCGAACUGAAACCCACAAAAUGGAGAACUGGCCUCGUAUCCCGUGGAUAAAUGGUGGAAGACAUGGCUUGGUCCAAAAGAAGAUAAACUGUGAUUUGACAAGUCAAGUUCUUAAGAAAUGCAAGGACUUCACAUUUAUUUUGAAAUAAGAAUUUUCAAUUUUUCUUUCUUUUUCCACCCCCUUUUAAGGGUGUGGGUAUUUUUAAUUUCCAAGCAUAGCAGUGUUGUCUAUUUUAAAGUGUGUUUGUUACAAUAACAAAAGAUGCAAGAACAAUCUUUGUUUUAUAGGCAUAUUAUUACUGUUUGAGACUUCUGGUAUCUCCUUUUAACAUGUUAUCUCAAGUAGCAAAGUUUCUGAAAACUAACACUUAAAAAAUCAGUUAUAGCGAAGACUUUGGAAAAGAAAUAUACUUGCCAAAAAGUAGCAGGUCCAAAGAUUAAUUUAAAUUACUCGCCAUUGCAGUAUUAUUGUUGUGUGUGUGUUUAAUAUGUCAUAUAUUACAAAUAAUAUGUAAUUUGACUCUAGUUUCCUUAAAGUCAUUUUGGAAACCACUAAUUAUAAACCUCCCUAACAAUUUUUAAAAGAGGGAAGGCACAUUACAUUUAUCUUUGUAAAAAGA